AUGUCCACCAACUUCCGCUCCUCGGCUGGGUUUCGCCGCCUAAAGUCGCUUCGUCAGCAGCUCAAAGUCAUCCUGGCGCCGGUCCUCUUCUCGUUUAUCCCGUUGCUAUGGCCAAGGAAGGUAGGAGUCUUUUCCAAGCAUGUAUAUUUCAAGUACGGCUCAGCCAAGUUUGCAAAAAGUUUGAGAAAUCAUGCUAAAUUUGGGAACAGGUACUGAUAAGCCCGUAAUGUCCGAGAACUCUUCGAAUUCCUUCGAGGAAUGACAUGUUUUAUUGGCUGCGUGAUUACUCUCGCCGACCGAUUUUAUCAGUACUGUUUUCGCAUGGCCUUUGCUGAUCUUUCAACGCACCGAGACUGAAAGUGUCAUAUGGGCAGUAAAGCGGCGUAAAAUUGCUGAAUUUUGCUGAAUUGAAGCCAUUAAACGGCAAUUUUGAAGCCAUAAAGAUAGCAUUUGAUGUAGGAGGAAAUUUGAACAGAAAUGAUCAAAAAUUACAUUAUGAAGUGUAGCAAUAAACGGCUCAGAAAAAACAUUUAAUUGAGGUGUUCCAAAAAUAACCAAUAUUCUAUAAGUCUGUCGGGAAAAUAAUGAGCACUCUGCCGCAUCGAAAAUCACAUCGCCGUUGAGAAAAUGAGAUGUAUCGUGUCAAAAUCAAGUUGUUUUUCACUGUAGAGAUGUGAUUGCGGCAGCAAAAUUGUGCUCAUUAUUUUCCCGACAGAUUCAUAGCUGGAAUUUAUCCAAUAUGAAUUGGCCUUAGCCCAUUCAAAACAGCAAUUUUGCUUAUCAAAAAUCCUCCUCUCCUUUCAGGAAGCCUAUGCCGCAUAUGUGGUCUGCAUUAUGGCCUAUUACUGGAUCUCUCAAGCUCUCCCAAUCGCCGUGACCGCCUUGAUCCCCAUCUUGGCUUACCCACUGUUCGGAGUGACCAACGCGCGGCACAUCUCGACUGUCUACUUCUCCGACAGCAACGUCCUCUUCUUCGGCUCAAUGGUGCUGGCCGUGGCGGUGGAGGUCAGCAAUUUCCAUGAAAGGGUGGCGUUGAAGAUCUUGCUGACAACCGGCCCCAAUCCAAGACGAUUGUUGUUGGGAUUUAUGGGCGCCACUUCUGUGCUUUCGUUUUUUAUUUCGAAUACCGCGACCACUGCGUUGAUGGUCCCCAUUGUAGUGGCUGUGAUCAAGGAGUUGGAGACUUGUCGCUCUGGGUAGGUUGUUAAUUUGCUUUUGCAACACAAAAAGUCUCUUUAUGGGAUUAAAUGGACAAUAUAAUUUUUGUGACAUUUCGUCCAAAAACCAAUAACAAAAUGUCAAAUGCCGAAAAAUGUCAGAAUUAUACAAAAAAUAAAAUUUUCAAAAUUUUGUCGUAAAAAAGUGCAGAAAAAUGUAAAAUCGUAACUUAAAAUCUCCCAAAAAAAGUAAAAAAAACGCUUUCUGCGGCUUGAAAUUGAACCUACAACAAUCUCAGUUGCAAUUUCUUCUUUUAGCGACGACAAAGAAGCCCAACUAGAGGACUCGGAUGAAGAGGAAGUUGGAGACGAAGGUCUCAAUUUGUCCGGCGUCCCCGCCGAUCGAGUCAAUAUCUACAAAGGCCUGCUACUUUCCACCUGCUUUACUGCCUCCUCCGCCGGCACAAUUAUGUUAACAGCCACUGGUGCCAACAUCGUCCUCAGUGGGUACAUGGAUCAGAGGUACGGAAGCAAUCAGCCGAUCACGUUCUUCUCUUGGCUCACUUAUUCUCUGCCCAUCUCUGGAGUGCUGGUAAUUGUUCUGUACUUCUGGCUGGUUAUUCUGUUCAUUGGAUUCAAGUGAGUUGAACUUGUAGCCAGAAAACAAUUUUUUCGAGAUUUUCUGGGCUGAUGAGUAUAAAUUUUCAGAUCGUUCGACAACAGUCAAAACGAUGUGAUUAUGAGGCUUCUGCAGAAAAAAUACAGCAUGCUGGGUCCGAUGCGAUACGUGGAAAAGAACUUGAUGGUCAUUUUCAUCUUGAUUGUGACGCUAUGGCUGUUUAGAAACCCUAAGGUGUUCCCGGGAUGGGGCGACUUGUUCCGAAAAGGGUAAGCGUCGUUUUAUUGAGCCGUUAACGCCUUAUGUCAUCAAUACAACUAUACUAAUCUUAUUUUUCUUUCAGCUACGUCAGCGACGGCACGGUAGCGAUGUUUAUUUGCCUGCUAUUGUUCUUCUUGCCCGCAGAGAAUCCUUUCACUUAUGUGGGCGACAAGAAGAUCCCGACGAUUAUCACUUGGAGACAUAUGCAGGAGAAAUUCGCAUGGAGCACAUUCCUCCUCCUUGGUGGUGGAUAUGGUAUUGCUGCCGGUAAGGAUAAAUGCUUUAGAAAGUCUAUGUAAAGGUGUAGCGCACGCCGGAGUAUUUCGUUCAGAAGAACGCGAUUUUUUCUACGCGAAGCUGCUCUCAGUCUGUCGGGAAAAUAGCGAGCCUUAGAUCGCAACGCCGCCGAGAAAAUGAAUUGUGUCGCGACAAAAUCAAUUUGCUUUUCAAUUUAGCAAACAGAAUGGCGCAGCGGAAUUGUGCUCAUUAUUUCCCGGCAGACUGAUGAAGAUGUGGGCAAGAAAAGCUUAUAUCUUUGACCGCACUUUGCGUUCCGUACACUUAUCGUUGAAUGUACUUUUUCAAAAAACGGCUAGCUAAAAUCUUAAAGAAUUGAUGAGUAGUCAGUGCCCAGCCCGUUUGCAAAAUUUAAAGGAAAUCUUAGCUUUGCACUGCAAGCCAGUGUCACAAAAUGACAGAAAAAUAAAUAUUGCAAAUCUUACCUACCGUUUUUUUUCAGGAGUCGAAAAAUCCGGCCUCUCCAAGCUGAUUUCCCGACAUUUGGCCGAAUUCAAUCAUCUCCUCCCCAACUGGGCGUUCCUCAUGCUCAGCGGCCUCAUCGUGACCUGCCUUACCGAGUUCUCCUCCAACGUCACAACCGCGUCGAUCUUCAUUCCCAUGAUGGACUCGUUGGCUCAGGCGCGUCAAGCCAACCCGUUGCUCUUCAUCCUGCCGAUCACUUUGUCCUGCUCGUAUUCCUUCAUGUUCCCGGCCGCAACGCCGCCCAAUGCGAUUGUUUUUGGGCUGAAAGUGAUGAGUUUGAUGGACAUGGCAAAAGCUGGCUUAAUCCUCAACGUCGUUGGAUUCAUUUUGCUGCAGGGCAUCACAAUGACGUAUGGGACUUGGAUUUUCGACCUGGACACGAUGCCGGCAUGGGCGAAUCAAACCGCCCUUAAGGUAUAUGAGUCUGGUGAAAUUAUGUAA